UAUGGAGCAGAACAAAGAAUAUGAAGAGUCCUUGAAGAGGGUAACUGAAGCUCAAAUUAUCAUUGCCAAGGCAGCUGGCACAGGUGUUGAAUCUGCUGUAACUCCAGGGACAAUGGGAAAAAAACGUCCAAAGUCCAGAAGCCACUCCAGAAGUCCAAGGCGAUCUGUAUCUCCUGGACAUCACUCCAGGGUCAGGCGUUCUUAUAGUCCAGCUCCAAGGUCGUCGAGACGCCGAUCUCGUUCGAGAAGUAGAAGAAGGCGAUCGAGAAGUAGAUCGGCAAGACGUCGUCGUUCAAGAUCACGAACUCGCCGACGCAGAAAGUCAAGGUCGAAGUCUCGUGAACGCAAAUCAAAGCGUCGCGAGAAGGAGGACAGAAAAAGCACUGAUGAGCUAACAGAGGAAAAAGAUGAGGCAGAAACAAGAUCUAAAGAAGACGCAAAAGAUACAAAGGAUGAAAGAGAAAUCGAAAAGUCUAAGGAAAGUGAAUGCGAGGAAACGGAACCAGUAACAAAGAAGAAACGACACGAUAGCGACGAAGAAAAGAAGCCAAAAGCUUAUAAGAGAUCACGUUCAAGAUCGAAAAGACGCCACAGAUCAAAAUCAAGGCACAGGAGAUCCAGGUCUAAAAGAAGGCAUUCUCGUUCCCGACGAAAAUCUAGAUCAAGGAGCCGAAAGAGAAGAUCCAGAAGAUCUCGUUCGAUUAGGCACAGAGACCGACGAGACAAGAGCAAAGAACGGCGAAGACGACGUAGUAAAUCUAAUGACGUUAAAGUUAAGAGGGACUACGAUGAAGAAGAUAAAAUCUUAGUUGAAAGCACAAUAAAAGCGAUGAAGAGUGAAACGGAUUCAGAGAGCGAUUGA